AUGGCCCUCCUCACCGCUGCCGCCAGGCGCGCCUCUGCCCAGCUACGCCCCAAGGCCGCCGCCGCGCCGUUCUCGUCGAUCAGCCGCAGGUCUUAUUCAUCCUCCACCUCCUCGAUCCGCUCCCUCCGCGCCGAGGCCGCCUCCUGCCGCGCCGAAGCCGCAUCCUACCGAGCCGAGGCCGUCAGCUUCCGUGCCAAGGCCGACUCACUCCGCGCCGCCACGCACGACGGCGAGCUCCUCCGCAUAAUCAACUCCGCGAUGCACUCCUACAACGGCAACCUGGCUGAGGAGAUUCCGAGUGAGUUUCCUUUCGAAAUCAGCAAAAUCGAGGAGCUUACCAGGACUGACGUUACUCUUACAAGAUGUUUAAAGGGUGAGAAGAUUGAGGUGUUGGUUUCUAUUCCCAGACUUGCCAGUGAUGAGGAGGACGACGAUCUGCAGGAAUCCUCAAACUCGUCAUCAUCAUCUUCAGACGAAACCUCAUCAUCUUCAGACAACGAGACCUCAUCAUCUUCAGAAGACUCUUCAUGGUAUUCAGACGAAACCUCAUCCUCUUCAGACAACGAGACCUCAUCAUCUUCGGACGAGUCCUCGUCUUCAGAUGAGUCAUCAUCAUCUUCGGAAGAUGAAGCUAAGAACCGUACAGAAGAAUACAACCUCCCUAUUUGCAAAAAAAUAGAACACAGCCUCCCUCUCAUGGUCACUGUGUCGAAGCCUGAUGGCUCAAGCAUGAAAUUUGCCUGUGACGCCUAUCAUGACGAGAUCACCAUCGAUACCGUGUCUGUGAGGCAGCGACCAUCAGGAGCUGAGGAAGGAGAUAAUAAUGCAUAUGAUGAGGGUCCUGAUUUCAGUGAUCUGGAUAAGAACCUUCAGGAGGGACUCCACAAGUACCUGGAGGUCCGCGGGAUCACUCCAAACAACAUGAAGUUGCUGCACAAGUACAUAAUCAGCAAGGAAUGGCAACAUUAUCAAGUCUGGUUGGCCAAGCUGCGGCAUUUCGUCAGGAAAAAUUAAGACCAUCCAUGAAUGAUCCAUCCUCGGCAUAAGACAACAGUUUGUUUGCACUUUCUUUUUCCUGAGCUCUGCGUGACAUCCUCUAUACGAGUGGAUAUCUGGAUCAUUUUUAUUGUAACAACAUUUUUGGCGACUAAGUAGAAACAAUUUUCCUAUUUUUGGUGGUGCUUCUUUAUCUCUAUGGAUGUGCUAUAUAUAUGCCCAGUGUGUUCUCA